CUACAUAACCAUUGAUAAGUACGUAAACAUUUGGUGGUGUAAUUCACAAGUUCAUAAACGAAACUUACACGUAUAAAAAAUGACACGGGUUUUGGGGCAACAUAACAUAUACAAGAUUCAACAAAUCAUCACCACACCUAAGCACACCGUAAGCGUCAGUGCUUUAAGAAAGUUGUCUCCUCAGCCACACAUUGUCCAGCGCAAUCUAGCAGGCGUUUCUGCUUGGAGGACCAAAGGCGGCAGGUUCAGAACUAAAAAUGAAAAAGACACAGGAAGUCGGUUUAGUUCCCUCUCGACGUGGACCAUUUCCGGUGGAAUUCUUGCAGUGAUAAUUGCCAGAUUGGUUCAAGACCAGGAGUGUUUAGCAGACAGUGACGAAAGGUUGCGUGAAGGGGACAUCCCAAUCUCGUUGGAGAAACGUCCAGACGUGAACAACGUCAUACAGGCGUCGAGAAAUGCCAUUACGCUGAAAAUGAUUGAGUGUGGGUGUCCUGGCUUGUCAAUAACAGUGACAGUUGAUGGUAAAACAGUGUGGACAGAAGGCUUCGGUUACGCAGACCUUGAAAACAACGUACCGUGUAAGCCCGAAACCAUCUUUCGAAUUGCUAGUAUCAGCAAGUCUAUCACCAUGACGGCCGUUGCUAAGCUAUAUGAGAAUGGUGACCUUGACUUAGACAAACCUGUACAGUUUUACGUGCCUGAAUUUCCAGAGAAAUAUGUGCAGGGAGAAAAGGUUGUGUUGACUAUUCGCCAUCUUCUUUCUCAUCUUGGAGGAAUUCGCCAUUACGACAAAGAUUACAUGACAGAAAAGAAAGGAGACGCUAAAACAGUAAAGGAUGAAAUGAAACUAGAUGAGUAUUACAUCAAAGACCACUUUGAUAGCGUGCAGGACAGUCUGAAACUGUUCAAAGAUGACCCGCUGUUACAUAAACCAGGAACCAAAUACCUGUACACGACCCACGGGUUCACCCUUAUAAGCGCGGUGGUGGAGAAGGCUGCUAAACAGCCUUUCGAGAAGUACAUGCAGACCAUAUUACAGGAGUUGGGAUUGGGCAACACGUAUCUCGAGGAGCAUGGACCGCUGCUGCCGAACCGUGGACGGCAUUAUGUAAAGAACAAGCAGGGUAAGGUAGAAAACGCCCCUUACGUUGACCUGUCCUACAAGUGGGCGGGUGGUGGGUUAAUCUCAAAUGUUCUGGAUAUCGUGAAGUUCGGGAACGCCAUGCUCUAUUGCUUCCAGAGCGAGUCAAAAACACCACAAACCGCAAAUCAAGAUAAAGAUGCAAAGAAAGAGGUCAAACAAACAAGACAAAGUACCAAAGGCGUGCCCAUUGCAAGCAGGACACAAAUUGAACAUCAAAAUCAAACCAGUGUGAAGGAAUGCAGGGAUGAUUUCCUCUUGCCGGGUUACCUAAAAUCCGAGACAGUUCGGGAAAUGUGGACGAAGGUUGAUAAAACUGAGCUGAGUUGGAGCGGCAUACCAGGGGGCGGAUAUGGGUUAGCUUGGGCGGUCCGACCGCCUGUCGCUAACCACGCCUACUGUCUGUCAAGACCGUACAUUGUUUCCCACACGGGUGGCGCCAUCGGUGCGAGCAGCGUGCUUCUGAUACUGCCGUCAGCUGACUACAACGGGGAACUGGACCUUAGAGCUGAUGUGGGCAAGACCAGGCCGCCGAAGGGCGUCGUAGUUGCGAUGAUAACCAAUAUGAUAUCCGUGGGUCUGGAAAAAACUGCUUACGAAAUCGCCCAAGAGUUUGAGAAUUUGAAAAAGCUGUAAACGAGUAGGUAAUCUAAUUAUGGAAUAAACAACGAAUGUUUGAAGUCCAUGGUUGCACUUUUCAAAUCGGGUUGAUUUGUUACGUUUACGAUUUGUAACGAGUAAUUGUAACUAGCUUAAAAUAUUGUGACAAAUAAUACCAAUCUUAUUGUAUGUGCGUUUUUGAAUUAAUGAAUGAACAUUGACAUUUUUUUAAGCGAUAUCCAUUAUGAAAAUUUCAAAAUUAUUAAAACCUUUAAAUAAUUGAGCCGUGCUCUGUGAAAAGGGGUUCAAUGUAUGCGCGUAAAGUGCAGUCCGCACGCUUAAUGAUUUGUUCGUUUACAGAGCGUCUAUUCUUAGCAAAAAUCCAGUAUAGGCGGAAAGUGUCGUCACUGAGUAGCCUGUGCGCACUGCACAGGCUAAUAGGGGAGGACACUUAACGCACAUGCAAUUAACCUUUUUUUCACAGAGCGUGGCCCGUAUUAUUUCUCUAAUCUAACUUGUUCCUCUACAGUUACUCAUAUGCGACUGUUAAUUAAUUAGUUAGAUGUUUACUUUAUGUUAAUCAUGUUAACCAUUCGAGGGUUCUCAACCUUUAUUUCAUAAGUGAGUUAGUGCUUAUUGUAUCAAGAUUAUAUUUCAGAAAAACUGUACAGUAAAAUCAAUGAAACAAAAACCUUUUGCAACAAUUGCAGCUGUGAAUUAUCAGGAGUGCUUUGCAAAUUUGUUUCUUUAUUGUGAUAUCGCGAUGGUUCAUCUAUUAAAUUUGGUGGACAUUUU